AUGCAGAUUCUGGUGCUGCUUUCACUGAGCCUCACAGUGGCUCUAGGAUCGCCUUUAUCUUCCCCUGAUGUGGGACAACAAGAAGUUUUACCUAAAGACGAGCAGCGCCCCCUGCUGGGGGACCUGGUUCCUGUACGGGGACAUGUAGAAGUGGAGGAUCCUGCACCGCAGGCCCAACCGAGCUCGAAACAGCAGCCACAAGUUCAACCAGAGGCUAAAGCAGAAGAGCCACAAGCUCAGCCAGAGGUUAAAGCAGAAGACCCACAAGUUCAACCAGAGGCUAAAGCAGAGCCACAAGUUCAACCAGAGGCUAAAGCAGAUGAGCCACAAGUUCAGCCAGAGGCUAAAGCAGAAGACCCACAAGUUCAACCAGAGGCUAAAGCAGAAGAGCCACAAGUUCAGCCAGAGGCAGCGGAGGAGCCAGAAGUCGAGGAGUCUGAAGUGGAGCAGGAGCUGAAUGUAGAUCCAGAGGAGGAGAGCGAGGACGAGCUUUUGGAAAACCCUGACCUACAGGGAGAAUCAGAGGUCGAGGUGGAGCCAGGUCUUCGGGCGAGGCUCCAGCCUGAAGAUGCUGAGGAGGCUGAGGCGGAGGAGGAAGAGGGCUCCCCGGACUACGAGGAGGCGGAGGGGGAGUACGAGGCGGUGGGCGAGGAGGAGCAGGAGCCGGAGCCUCUGGACGACGACCAGCUGGUGGAAGAGGAGCCCGGCGACGCCGAGCUGGCCGAGGCAGAGCAGACUUUGAGGAGGGCUUUUCUGGGCCCGGACGCUGAAGUCCUGCCCCAGCAGAGGGGGGCGCCGGUACAGGACCUCGACUACUCUCUAGAGGCAGAUCCGGAGUUGGACGAGGGGCUGGCUCUGGACGCGUUCGGCCAGCCGCUUGAAGACAGCUACUUCCCCGACGAAGAGGAGAGGAUGAUGGCUGGAGUGGAGUAUGAGCUGGAGCCGGUGGAGGAGGAGGAGGACCAGCCGGUGGAGGAGGACCAGCCCAAGCUGGAGCAAAGGGCUCGGGUCCAGAGACGGCGCCGGUCUGUGAUGGACCAGGAAGAGGACCGGCCUGUAGACAUAGGCUAUCUACAGGAACAGCCAGGGCGGCGCCUCUGCCCAGGGGUGCUGUAUGAGGGGAAGUGCUACCAGUUCUUCAGGGAGCCGCGGAGGGCUGCAGAUGCUGAGUUCUUCUGUCAGAGGACGCUCCCCAACGGCCACCUGGCCUCCAUCACCAGCCAGCACAUCCACAGGGCGGUCGUGAGCGACAUCAAAGCCAGGCACGGAGUCUUCCCUCGCACCUGGGUCGGAGGCCUUCGCUUUCUGAACACUGGCCGCUUCGUCUGGCUGGAUGGAUCCCACUGGGGGUAUGAGGACUGGCUGCGAGGAGAACCCAACCACACCGCCGGGCUGGAGGACUGCCUGGAACUGCUGCCUACCGGAAAUGGAAAGUUUAACGACUUCACCUGCUGGGAACGUCAGGCUUUUAUCUGCUCCUACACGUUUUAG